CUCACAGUAGACAGAAGGCUGAUGUCUCUGUGUCAGGCAGGCAUGAAGGCAGUUGCUGUAACUUUCUGUGUCCUCUGCUUUCAGUUUGAAGCCCUGUAUGGAAUUGACAGCUACUCACCAUGUGCAUGCAAAAAUUUAGAUCAGCCCCACCUCUCUGAUGCCCAGGUGAUGGUGGAAUUUGAAAAUGGAAACUUCAAAUUCACAUUCCCCAACCCCAAAAAUGUGAGUGAGUUCAGCAUGACCCUCUUCAAAGGGCGUGAGAAGAAGGAAAUCUGUGCACUCCAUUUGAGCAAAGAGAGUGUUAUCCCCAAGAGUAAUGUCACCUACUGUCAGACACAGAAUUCAAAUAGCAGCACCACUUUCAUUCUUAAAAAUCUGGAAAGAAAACAUAAUGACUUUUAUACCUACUGCCUGGAGAUAUUCUUACCCCCUCCUUACAUAGAUUGCUGCCUGAAAGAAACCUAUUUGUACGUCCAAGAUAAGGAGGACUGCUUUUCACUUGGACUCAUGUCAUGGAUAAUUAUCAGUUUGAUCAUUUUUGCCAUUUCCUGUGUCUGCUGUGUUGUGGCCUGUUGCUUAAGGAACAAGAAUCAGACGUGUGAAUCCAACUCCCAUGAGUACAACAGUGAAUACAUGCCCAUGGCAGCAGUGAAUGCAGCUAAAAAACCAAGAAUCUGAGGUAUAAGUUGCUUGUGGCAUGGAAAUUUUGGAAGCUGAGUUUUCCAGCUACUUGAACUUGGACAAUGGAAAGUCAGCAUUUCCCCACCUUUCCCAACCUACCUGAGCUCUCAUGAUGGCCCUGUGCUCAGUCAUGUGACACCCACUGUUCUGAACUGUGUUUUUCGCUAGCCUUGUUUGUGACCUGACACCCUGACUGAUCCACUGAUUGGGACAGGAAAUGAUAAUAACGUGUUAAAGAUGUCAGCUUUCAGUUGAAGAAAAUGUAAGAUUCCUGUAGUGUAGCUACAGAGAGAAAUUUUA